AUGCAGUUUCAAAAGUCCCUGGAUCAUUCCAAAGCUGUUAGGCUUCAGGGAAGGCUGUAUCUUUUGUCAGGCAAGGGAAAUUCCCAAGGUCUUUUCCCUUGGGAUGAAUGCUGUGCCAAUAAGAGAAAGGUUUUUUCUUUUGUAUUUUCCUGGCCAAAAGAAGAUGGUUUAGCUGAAAGAGAGCCACUCCUGGGAUCCCUUCAGGAUCUAAAAGGAAAUGCAGAAGGAGCCAGGUCAGAACAAUUCGUGGAAACAGUAGGGGCCACCGUAGAAGAAGCCUCCCUACAUAGCAAAGCUGCAGAAAGCAAUACCCAUAAAUAUUUGGUGAUAACUACAUACAGAGAGGAGCACUUCUGGUAUUCAGAACUGGGAAAGAGGCACAUGACAAGCAAACAAGCUGAUAACAGGGAUUUAGCCAAACAAAGCAACUUCCAGCGUAUAUCCUUAGCCCCAGAGUUUCCUGUCUUGGAGAAGCAGAAUUGGUUGAUACAUCUUCAUUACAUCCGCAAAGACUAUGCAGCAUGCAAGGCUCUCAUCAAAGAACAGCUUCAGGAGACUCAAGGGUUAUGUGAAUAUGCCAUCUAUGUCCAAGCUUUAAUAUAUCGUCUUGAAGGGAAUAUUCAAGAAUCUCUAGAACUCUUUCAGUCUUGUGCUGUUCUCAAUCCUCAGAAUGCCGACAACCUGAAGCAGGUGGCCAGGUCCUUAUUUCUUUUGGGGAAACAUAAAGCUGCUAUUGAAGUGUAUAAUGAAGCAGCUAAACUUAACCAGAAAGACUGGGAAAUCUGCCAUAACUUAGGAGUUUGUUACAUGUAUUUGAAGCAUUUCAACAAGGCAAAAGACCAAUUGCACAGUGCCCUACAGCUCAACAAACAUGAUCUGACCUACAUAAUGUUGGGAAAAAUUCAUUUGCUGGAGGGGGACCUGGACAAGGCUAUUGAAAUCUAUAAGAAGGCUGUGGAGUUUUCACCGGAAAAUACAGAACUUCUCACAACCUUAGGACUACUCUAUUUACAGCUUGGCAUUUACCAGAAGGCAUUUGAACAUCUUGGAAAUGCGCUGACUUUUGACCCUACCAACUAUAAGGCUAUCUUAGCAGCAGGCAGCAUGAUGCAAACCCAUGGGGACUUUGAUGUUGCGCUCACCAAAUACAGAGUCGUGGCUUGUUCUGUGCCUGAAAGUCCUCCAUUAUGGAACAACAUUGGAAUGUGCUUUUUUGGCAAGAAGAAGUAUGUUGCGGCUAUCAGCUGUCUGAAAAGAGCCAACUAUUUGGCACCAUUUGACUGGAAGAUCCUGUACAACUUGGGGCUCGUCCACCUGACCAUGCAGCAGUAUGCAUCUGCCUUUCACUUUCUCAGUGCCGCUAUCAACUUCCAGCCCAAGAUGGGGGAGCUCUACAUGCUCUUGGCAAUUGCUCUGACCAACCUGGAAGAUACCGAGAAUGCCAUCCGAGCCUACGCAGAAGCAGUUGCCCUUGACCAGUCUAAUCCUCUAGUAAAUUUGAAUUAUGCUGUGCUGCUGUACAAUCAGGGAGAGAAGAGGAGGGCCCUGGCCCAAUACCAAGAAAUGGAGAAGAAAGUCACCCUACUCAAGGGGAGCAGCUCUUUGGAUUUUGACCCUGAGAUGGUGGAGAUGGCUCAGAAAAUGGGUGCAGCUCUGCAAGUUGGAGAAGCAUUGGUGUGGACUAAACCAGCUAAAGAUCCCAAAUCGAAGCAUCGAACAACUGCAGCCAACAGAUCCUCCAAUUUCCAGCAGCCCUUGGGGUCCAACCAAGCUCUAGGACAAGCCAUGUCUUCAGCAGCCGGGUUUGGGAAAACCAUGCAGCUCCCUCUCGGUGCUGGAGGAUCCUCUCAGUUCUCCAAGCCUCCUUCCCUCCCUCUGGAGCCUGAGGCAGACUCACCCCAGCUGAGCUCUGAGGUCCAAGAGACACCGAAAGGCAGGCUGGCCCCAGAAUAAAGGCGUCUCCUUGGAAAGAACGAAGGAUUCCCAAAGAGCAAGACCGGGCCAGCAGCCACAGCAGAUGGGGGCCGUGAUGACAGCCUCACUUAGCUGGAUCUCCAUAGAAAUUCCCUGCCCCAGAGGCUGCAGGGUGGCAACCACUUGGUUUCUGACCAGUUCUUCCAACAUCUCUGCCCUCCAGGCCCAGCUUAGCAAGUGAGCCAGCCUGCCCUGCCCCAGAGCAAUCUGGAACCCUCUGAGCUCAGCUCAGUUUCUCAAACAGUCAAAGAAUCGCUAGCUUAGAUCAUGUCUCUCUGGCCAGUGAGUGAGCAGCACCAGCUCUUGCUGAAGGAAAGGAGUGAGCUGCUCGGUCUAAGAAGUUUUUAUUUAAGGCAAUCACGGACUAUGGUCUAUUUGUAUGUUCUUUAUAGAAUAAAGAUUAUGUACUGUCACUCCCUUAGCGGGUUCUUUUCCUUUAUACUGUCUCGAAAGAUGGCCGGCACCCUCUUUGUUCGUCCUGUUGAAAGUGUGGGAGGGGAGCUCCUCCCCCCAUGAUGACACUUAGUGUUGAUGUAAUCAGUCAGCUACCUGGAGGUUGUUUACCAUUGAGAUGUGCAGGGAUAAAGGAAGUUGAAACCAACGAGAUGGGAAACUGAUUCCACAGGCACACACCCCACCCCCCUGCAAAUUAAGGAACUAUGAUUGGUUCCUGAGAUGUGACAUGGGAGAGCUAGCAGGUGGAGAAAAAUGCUUAUACGCCAAGACCCAGCUACUGCUGGCACCCUUGAGCUCUUCUGGCUGGAGAUUGGAACCUGAGGGAACCCCUGUUGGGUGGGGGGAGCUUCAUUCCAUCAGAACAGCACAUAGGCUGGGCAACUCUCUACCUCUUUCCUACAUUUCCCUCUCUUUACUAUCACUACUUUGAUGUAAUAAAACUACUAAAACAA